AUGGUUGGCGAACGGUGGCUACUGUUUGCUUUGUUUGCCAUCGUCGCACUGGCGAACGGCGCCAAACGUGGCCCUGGAGGUUGCAAAAACUGCAUAAAAAAUCAGCUCGGUCAUCAUGAUCAGCGAUUAAUAGCAAGUCCAAUUAAUUUACUCAAUCCUGAUCGAUACGAGUUUUUCACGCUGGACGAUAAGGGGAAGGUGGUUAAACGGAUCAUGACGUUCAAGGAAAUUCAGAGUAUCGUUGCCGGUAGCGACAAUAGUGGGUUCAAGCUGAUGGAGAACACCAACAACAACGAUCGCAUCGUGUCCAGUGUCGUUUCCAACGUGCGCAAUGUGCUAAACAACGAGCUUAACUUGAUGCAUAGUCAGGACAGCUCCUCCGACCAUCACAAUUCGGCCGCCGAGCUCCCGAUCUCGGAAAUGAUCAACGACCAGGAUGAAGCGUCCGAUGGAAGCUCGGUAGAGUACACGCAAGAUAAGUCGACCGAAGAAUCCCCGGAGGUGACGACGCGUCGCCCAACGGAGCAAACAACUGUACGGGUCAAGGAACAACCGACCGAAAGCACGACCAAACGUUGGACGUCGAAGACUACAACGACCCGUCCGACGGAGAGCACUAUAAAAUUUGAGACGGUAAGGACGACGGAGCGUACAACGAUAAGACCAACGAUAAGUUCCACCGAACGAACGACUGAGCCGUCGACAAUGCGAUCAACGGAAAGUUCAACGAUUCGAACGACCACGGAAAAGGUACAGCCUACAACGGAGUCACCGGUAAGAUCAACAACCGAACAACCAAAAGUGCGCCUGACCACACCAGCAUCAACGACAGCUAAAAGCACAGAACGAACUACCAUCCGUUCGACCGUUAGACCCACAACGGAGCAAUCAACGACCCAAAAAACAACCGUCGAAUCGGUUCAGAAACUGUCCACAGAGCGGCAGUCAACUACAACGACCACUGUGCGACCUACGGAGACACCCAUAUUGAAACAAGCCGAAAGAUCAACGACCACUGUCAAGCCCACUACGGAAAAACUCAAGAUAACGGAAGCGUCCACUGUUACUACUAGUACCACCACCACCACCACCACCACCACCACUACGGGACGGCCUACCGAAAAGAUUAUCAUUAAGGCAACGAACAAACCUCUUCCCACGAGUCCUGCUGAGUCCAGUUCGACGGAAAAGUCAUCCGAACAGUCUGGGGAUUACUCUACGCUUCGCUCGGAGGAAGCGACAAACGGAAGCUCGAUGGAGUACUCGACAGAAGACUCCUCCGAAAAAUCGGGGUAUGAACAGUCCAGUGAAGCCACUCGAUACACGGAAGUCAAAUCAAGCGUUGGAUCAACCGUUGGGCUGAAAACACCCGCAACGAUAGUGCAGUCUUCAACGGUCAGCGUUGCAACGAAGCCAACUUCUUCUAUUGUAAUAACGACAGAAAGUGGUAAGGUUUCGACCACGGUGGCAUCUAAACCAAGUGUUUCGCCAAGCACACCUCUGCCAACGAAGUACGAAGUUGUUUCAUCUACGACUAAAGCUCCGCCAACACCUUCACCGUUGGGAGCUUUCGAGGCACUUAAGGACCUGGUGGGAAUGGUAUUGAAUACCGACAGUGAAGAAAUCACGACACCUUCAUCAAGCACGCUGCCCAACGAUCUUGUGGCGCACUACGUUACCAAUCAAGGGUCGGCCGGUGUUGAACCGGAGAAAAAACUCACAACAUCUUACGCAAAGCCCGCUACACUCCCGGAGGUAACAACUGUCGAAACAAUUGCUUUGGAGGAGACAAUACCGACGACAACAUCCGUGGAAACGGAUGCAUCGACAUUCGAGGACUCUACGGGUUACGGUAGCGAAGAGUCCGGAGAGGUACAACAGAGUACUGAAGUUCAAUUGGAUCGUGAAACAACGGCCAUCGGAACCGAUGUGACGUACAAACCGUCGCAAACGGAAUCAGAUUUUUCGGGCAGUGCUACGACGGUAUUGGACAGUUCCACUAUACCGUCCGAUGCGCAACAUGCCAUUCACAAGAUCAUUGAAUCACUGCAGUCGAUCAACGAUGAUAGCAACGCAAGCGAUGAGUCAGAGUCGGAAAUUUCUGAGGAGGAACAAUCAUAUCCGAUGGACAUGGCCGGGUUAAACUAUGACACGGACGCGCAAAGCUCCAUUAAUGCGAUUAUUCAAUCGCUUGGCCAGGGUUCGUUGGUCAGUGGUGAAAAUUCGCUCCUUGCUACUACCACAGAGAUCGUGACAACGACGGAAGAGGUACCUAGUACAGUUUCUCGGGCACCGGAAAGGAAAACCACCGUUGCCGUUGUGCCAAUCACUUCUACAACACCCGUAACAACAACAACUUCUACUACAACUACUACAACUACUACGGCGAGGACGACUUCUACGGCCAUUCCAACGACAUCAAAAGUGGUACUGAAAACAUCCGCUCCAGCUAUAGCUGUUGAAAAAGAACCAUCAUCCAGCGGGCUAAACUUCAACACCAACAUAAUGGAAACGAUCGAGAAGUUCCUAAGCAAAUUUGCCAACCUGCCAAGCGACGAAACUUACUCGAUGAAUCUCACCAAAUUUAACCCACUUUCCAACUAUCCUGCUGAUUUAAAUAUGACCGAUUACGUUGACCGAACGGCGACGGUAGCGUCGGUGCUUAAAUUCCCACAGACACGACCGCUCAAACCAAUCAUUUCCAAUGAAGGCGAGGCCGAGGUAGAGCAACGGGAAGAUCCACCAAAUCGCCCACCACAGUCUUUGACAACACAAUCACUGCUGAACGAAACGGUUGCCUCAUUCAUGAAGCUUGGUGAAAUGCUUACGAUGGCCAAUGGUAAUAAUAACAAUAAUAAUCGGAUCAACAGUGGCGUAGAGCCUCAGGAAGGAUCGCAACUGGAGCUAAAAACGGUCGUCGAUGAGGAGGAAACGGAACUAUUGCGCUUCCUAUCGAUUUGUGGCAACUUGGGCACGAAUGUGUACGAUUACCUGACCGGUUCGUCGGCGGGUGAGCGGUCGUUGGAAGGCCGAAGUCUAGUUUAUUCGCCGUUCGCAACGAUCACCACACUCUCGAUGCUGUUUCUCGGUACACGUGGUGCGUCGGCGGAAAGUAUCAACGGCGUGAUUGGGCUGGACGAAAUGACAUCCUUUAAUCCGCAUCUAUUUUUCAAGUCGAUCGUAGACGACUUAAAACCGAAACCCUUGCGCCGUUCGACGAUUCCGGGUGUCGAGGAACAGCGAGGAUCGUUCUUUUCACGUACACUACUGAGUGACAAGACUCGCGGAGGUUUACAACGGUUUUUCAAGGCACGCAUUCAGGAGAUAUAUUCCGCCGUUGCAGAAACGGUCGAUUUUCAGCAAAAGGACACGUUACUGAAGCAUUUGAGUGGCGAUUUCCCUCGAGAUUAUGUGGGCACCCUCAAGCAUCUGCGCUCACCGUUGGUGUCCAUCAGCAGAAACCGUUAUCGGCACGAUUGUAACGACGCUACAACGUAUGGUGUGAUGAACUUCAAGCAAUCGACAGCCAGUGCCGACAGCACUAUCACCAUCCCCAGUGUUUCCUUCCGCUCCGGAUUUUCUACGGGCUUUUCCAAUACCCUCGAUGCAACUGUUCUGUCCCUGCCGGGAGCUACUAGCAAUGUGUCUGUAUUUUUCCUGAAACCAUCCACCCCCGGUGGUCUGACGGAUCUCGAAACCCACAUCCGCACGCAGAGCGUGUCGGCCGUGCUUAAACUGUUCCCCGAUGAAACGGUCCGGACGGCGUACGCGGAGGUACAGUUGCCCUACUUUACCCAGACCACCAUGUAUAACAUGAGCCGUAGCAUACAGCAGCUCGGGCUGCAAAAUUUGUUCCAACCGAACGUGGCCAACUUUAAUGGACUGCAAGAUUCCGCCGUUUCCAACCUGCACCUUUCGGAAACCGUUCAGACGGACUCGUUUGCACUCUGUGCCAGUGAGGCUGGGACCGGGCGGGGCGCUCCACCUUUCCGUAGCUUUUCUACCAAUUUGGUUAGGAAUCCAUCGGUAGAUCAAUUACUGGCCAGUGCAUCAUCGGACAAAUUGGUGAGGCGUAAUCGGCGUAAGAUUCUGUAUCGAGAUCGCUCUGCAGCCGGUGCACCACGUGCUCAAGAAAGUAAGCUUACGUUCGACACUCCGUUUUUGUACUUGGUGAGACAUAAUCCAACUGGAUUGGUUUUGUACAUGGGACGGUUUGUAGGAAAUAACAGUGACAAAUAA